GAGGCUGGGAUCUGUAUGGUGGGCAGAACCGUUGCACACACGGUCUCAAACUUCCAAGGAAAUAUUGCUGCCAGCAGGCACCGCGCUGCAGCUGUGGACUGCCCCCAAAAGCUGCAACGAGGGCAAAGCGGCCAAGAGCGGAAUGGGCCUUCUAUUGUGACGCCCCCGAAGGACAUCUGGAAUGUCACUGGAGCAAAGAUUUACAUGAGUUGCGAAGUCCUGGGCGUUCCAACCCCAGUGCUGACUUGGAAUAAGAUACUAAGGGGACAGUAUGGUGUGCAAAGGCUGGAGCUUCUGCCUGGCGACCGCGACAACUUGGCUAUCCAGACCCGGGGCGGCCCUGAGAAACAUGAAGUAACUGGCUGGGUGUUGAUAUCUCCUUUGAGUAAAGAGGAUGCUGGAGAGUACGAGUGUCAUGCAUCGAACUCCAAAGGAGAGGCUACGGCUUCUGCACGCAUUACUGUUGUCGAUGCCUUACAGGAAAUACCCCUCGCUAAAGAUGGUGCAGAGCUGUGAUGGAAGAUGGAAGGACUAUAUCACUUAUGCAGUUUAAGUUAGUAUUUUAGAAAGCUGCAGCCACUGACUACUUCUAGCCCAAUAAUCCAUUCCUUAUCUCACUUGCUCGCUCUGUUAGCAAUGGUGCUUACACACUUUUGGCAGAUGUUCAAAUAAAUAUAAUUCACAUGA